CUUUUGCUAUAUAAAGACGAUGAAAUGUUUGCAAAGUAAAUACCACAGCGAUCAAGAAGCACAUUUGCUUUCUGAAACCGUGGAGCGUCUUAUAUUCUGAACAUCAUUUGGAUAAAUUGUCACUAAAACAUCAUGUACCUAAGCCUACUUAUCGUUUCUACAUGUAUUGCGGUCCCGGUAGCAGUGGCUGCGCCAACAUUCCCGUCAACAACUAUUACCACGGAAACGGUAACCUCAUCCCUAACAACAGCAAGCCUUCCAAUCGCAACACUGGCUCAACAAUACACCAUCCUGCUUUCGUCGGUAUUAACUGCUGCUAAUGAAGUGAACACGGUUAUGCUUAAUUUUAGGAAUGAGCGAAUUAGAGGCAACGACGUUGAUCAAAUUUGGAUUAUUUUAGGUGUACCAAGUAUCCAUAGCUUUCCACUUCUUCUUCGAGAAACUGCCGUCGCUCAAGAUAUUCUUGCAACGUAUCGAGAGAAUAUGAACGUAUUUGACACUGCCCUCCAAUAUGUGGUGUCUGAUGAAGAUAGCUAUCGAGGUCAUUUUGCAUACAGAACCCGCUUUGAAUCACUUCGUAGGAAAGUUCGAGACAUUGUUAUACAACUAGAUAACAUUAUUAGAAGCUCUACCCUUCCAGAUGGAACAAACCUAGCUCCGAUUGAUGCGCAAGUUUGGUUUCCACCAUCAGCGGAUGAAACAGAGAGGACAAAACGAGAUUACGUCGCGUUGAGGCAGUUAAGUGAGUACCUUCCAGCAGUCCACGCCGGAAUUUCGCGCAUAAGACCUUGAUAAUACUAGAUUAACUUAUUGUUAACAGUACAUGCUGCAGAAAUUAUAAGAAUUCAACUAUUUUCGGAAAAAGUCUAUUUAUUCACUCUAAAUAUUAUUUAAACCAUUCCAUAAUAUAUUGUUAAAGACUAAAGAGUUUGGAGUAAACCCAGUGCUACUGAACUGCUUUUUAUUAUGACCAUUCACUUAUUUAUACUUUUAAAUAUAUUUUCUUAUUUAUUAUAGUGUUGUAAUAUAAACUUAAUAUCAAUGUUGGUAUUUAAAAAAAGCUUAUCGUUAAAUUAAGAAUUUUGUAUAGGCCUAUUGCUUAACUGAAACUGUAAAAUUAAGAAAUUAGAAAUUAAAAUUACUAACCAAAAUAUAUCUUGUAUUUAUUCUUAUUGCAGAAAAGUCCCGAAAACAAAAUAAUUUUAAAUUAUUUUGGGAGCUGUAAUUUAAAAUGAUCGAUUUGUAUUGAUUAGUUUAACUGUUAUCGAUAUAAACAUGUGUUAUCAGUUGUGUUGUUUAUAAAUUAAUACGCAUCUUUCAUGGUUGCAUAGCAACAGAUUUUUAUUUAAGUGGCAGACUACGUCAGGAUGACAGUUAUUAUUUUAUUUAUCUGUAUAAUUAAUUAUUAUUCGUUUAAAUUGCUUGAUAAAGACGAAGUGUGCAAUAUAUGAGUAAACUAUUGCGAGUGCAAUUAUUUAUUUAAUGACAAUAGCACUUUUGAUAUCAUUUGAUCAUAAAAGCCUUGGAGGGAAAGUCUGUAAAUUAUUUGCAAAUUACUUUACGUCAUUUUAAUAAGGUAUUUUUUAGGGAGUUUUCGCAACCUUACGAAAACGAUAACGAAUACGAAUACGUCAUAAUCAUUAUCGUUAUUCGUGCCACAUUCUUGACAAUAUGCUGUAUGAGCUGAAUAUGAUCCUUGAUUCAUGCAAAAGGCAUGAAUUGCCUACGUUGUGACAGAUACGCUACUGCAGGGAAAGGGUUGUCUACAAAUUUUAUGACGUAACCGUAUUCGUUAUCGUUUUCGUACUCUUGCGAAAACUUCCUAUUAAUGACUUGACGUGAAUAGGUAAGACCCAAUCGAACAGGCAUGCUAACUCUCUAACAGUGCCUUAAUUAUUGUUAAGUGAAUAUGAUAAUAAACCAUUUAAUA